AUGCCGCGCAGACGAGAUCCCUCCAAGCAGGUAUCUAGACGAAGCCACCGCGGCUGUCACCGCUGCCGUCUACACAAGAUCCGGUGCGACGAGGCGAAACCUCACUGUGGGCCCUGUACUUCCCGUGGCUACGCCGACUGCGUCUACGCCCAGGUCCUGAAAUGGGAAACGGACUACGUUGGUCGCGCCUUUGGGAGGGCUGGCGUGUGGUCGAAAUCUGGAACGGGCGGCAAUAACAAGAAGAAAUCCGCGACGCCGCCUUCCACCCUGGACAACUACUGUGAUGACAGCUCUACGGAUGAGCGCAAAUCAGCAGCUCUUACACUGAGAAAGAACUUGGGCUGUAUCAACCGGCCGGUGAGAUACGUCCAACUCGACAGCCAGGCCGAAUCACAUUUGUUAUCGUACUACCUGGAUCGAAUCUGUCCCAUGACAGUCCCAUGUGCUUCAGGCGAAUCUCCUUUUUCCGCACUCAUCUUCCCCUUCGCCGUCUCAUCCGCCUCGCCAGCCCUCAUGCACGCCCUCCUGGGCCUCGCCGCUUCACACAGAGCAAGAUCAGACUGCACAUAUCAGCCGGUAGCUCUAAGCUACUCAGCCAAAGUCAUCCGAUCGCUGCGCUUAACCCUCGAAAAUAAGUCGUCCAUCGACAUCGCAGCCAACUCGGAGAUCCUCGUCCUGAUGAUGCUGCUCUGCCAGCUCGAAAUCAUUGCAGAGUGCGACAAGCGCUGGGUCACGCAUCUGCGCGGGGCCCGAGACCUCAUCAGGUUCAGACGCCAAGGCAUGACUUCGGACGCCGCCAAGAUGGCGGCGCGGCAGCAGAGUCCGUGGGAGCGAAUCAUCAAGUUCACCGAGCGGUAUUUUGCCUUUUACGACGUCAUGGGACGAACUGCGUGCGGCGAGGAGCCCAUUUUCGGUAACGACUUUUGGUCCGCGCAGGAGGACGAGGGGCUUGAUCUCUGGAUGGGCUGCUCGCCGCAGCUGGUCAGUAUCAUUGGCGAGAUUACGGAGCUCAGCUUCAAGUACCAUCGCAUGUCAUCUUCGACGGCGGAGGACUGCUGGCAGGAUCUUGAGCGCCAGCGGAUCAGGUUGACUUGUCUGCUCCAGCAGUCGCAUCUGAAGAGCGAUAGCGCAGACGAAAUCAUUAGGAAUACUGUCGAGUUGAAGCGGUUGACGGUAGAGCUCUACCUUCACUCUGCUCUCAACGACUCAACUCCCGCGACGCUUGUGAUUCGGCAGAACGUGAAGAAGAUUUUGCGUCUCGUCGCGGUGUUGCUCGAGGCGGAUGUCAAAGCUGGGCUCACAUGGCCGCUCUUCAUGGCAGCCUGCCAACUCGAUCCCACAGAGGAGCUUGAAUGGGCCGAGGGAGAUGUCGAGGACAGAACCUCACCCCGCUACGCACGUCCAUUUGUACUCUAUGUUCUCGACAAGUUGGCAGAUUCGCUCUGCAAUGUCACUCGGACCCGUUCCGUGAUUGAAAAGGUCUGGAAACAACGCGAGGCGGCAUCGUUCUUGUCGUCGGAUCGGCAGCUAUCCCCCAGCCCCAAGGCUUUUAACGACUGGGCUCGAUUCGUGGCACCAUUCUGCCAUAAUAUUAGUCUGGCUUGA